AUGGCCCCCGUGAGCUUCCCCCUUCCUCCGCUCUCCCUCGCCCCUCCGCCGCGCGUGCGCCCACGACCGCGCCCACGCGUCGUCCAGCGGCCGCCCUGGCCCCCGUGCCGAACCCCGUCGCCGUACGCCGCGGCCCCUGCUGCAUCUGCGCCGCCCCGCCGCGCGCAGUGCGCGCCCGCACGCGCCUGCGCACCCGGCGCCCGCCUAGGGUCACCCAGGGUGUGCGCGGCACCGCGCUGCUCGCCCGUGACGGCCGCGUCCCGCUCCCCUGCUCUACUGCUGCUGCCUUGCUUGCUCCGCCGCCUGCUCCCCGGCCACACCCCCGACAGCCCAGCGCCGCUCGCGCAACCCCGCACCCGCGCUCGGCCCGCCGCAGUCGCCGGCGUCCCGCCGCCCGUGCACACCACUGCGCCCUCGCACGCCCGCCCUUCGCUGCCUGGCCAGCGCCCGCCCAGUCGCCCCGCGUCCGCCUGCGUGUGUGGCGGCGCCACGCGCGCCGGGCCAUUUCCUGCUGGAUUGCUCGCAAUACGUACAGAUAACCAAGAGCUGCACCGGCCGGUCAUCUCGGCUCACCGUGGCGGUGAUCUUGGAGGUCGAUGGCCAUGGGAGGAAUGCUGGUUGCCGUCGUGGUCGUGGCGGGGCUGCUCCUGCACGCCGCCGUCGUGGUCGUGGCGGGGCUGCUCCGUGGCCGAGGCGCAGACCCUCAGGGUUGGGUACUACGACCAGACGUGCAAUAGAGUCGAGAGCAUCGUGUUCGAGGAGGUCCAGAAGGCGUGGAACGCGGACAGGAGCAUGCCGGCGGCCCUGCUCCGGCUGCACUUCCACGACUGCUUCGUCAAUGGGUGCGACGGGUCGGUGCUGCUGGAGUCCGGCGACAACCAGGCGGAGAAGAACGCGCCGCCGAACCAGAGCCUGCGCGGGUUCGAGGUGAUCGACAGGGCCAAGGCGAGGAUCGAGGCCGUUUGCAAGGAGACGGUGUCGUGCGCCGACAUCCUCGCCUACGCCGCCAGGGACAGCGUCAGGGUCGCGACCGGCGGGUACGAGUACAAGGUCCCCGGCGGGAGGCCGGACGGCACGGUGUCGCGGGCGAGCAUGGCCAACAGCGACCUCCCGCCUCACAAGCAGCGGAACGUGGACCUGCUGGCGCAGUACUUCUCCAGGAAGGGCCUCUCCAUGGACGACGUGGUCGUGCUGUCGGGCGCGCACACGCUGGGGGUGACGCGGUGCGGCACGUUUGACUACCGGCUGAUGAGCGACCAGGACAAGGGCAUGAACGCGACGUUCAGGAACGAGCUGAGGCGGCAGUGCGGCUACGACGCGAACAGGGUGGUGUCCCUCGACGCCGGCAGCCCCUACGGGUUCGACACCAGCUACUACGCAACGUGCUGGCCAACCGCACCGUGCUCGAGUCCGACGCCGCGCUCAACUCGCCCCGGACCGUGGCCAGGUCAGGGAGCUCAGGGCCGCCGCCCCGCCCGCCUUCUUCGGCAGCUUCGCGGUUGCCAUGGGGAGAAUGGGCGCCAUCCGCGGCGGCAACCCGGGAAAGGUCCGCGUUAACUGCAGGAGGGUCAGGACGUGAUCGACGUGCGUGCGCGGCGGCUUGGCCAUUGAAUUGUUUCGUGAUUGUUGAUCGGUUUGAUGAUUAGCAUCGUAGCAACAUGUGAACAUCGGUUGCUCCGGGUUCGGGCAUUCGUUCAGUUCAGUACGUGUAACAUUGUUGUUCCUUGGGCGAGGCUAAUUCGUGCCCUUCGUGCCGUCAUGUUUCUUUUCUUGCGAAGACGUGUUAUUCAAAUUUGAAAAUAUGCCGAAUUUGUUUGACCAAAAGAACAAUAAGUGGUUUCAAUUCAUGGUUAUUCAAUGUUUUUUUCUUCAAAGUUUGCAAAUAUUCUGUUAAGGCAUC